AUGGCGGAAAGUUCGAUCCAGGACCGCUUACGUGCGCAUGCCGAAUCUUUUGACGGUUUGCUGUCUUUGAUUCCCGCAGAUAUUUACUACGGGAAAGACAACAGCGACCAAUGGAAGAAGAAGAAGCAAACCAAGGAGCAGGCCGCAGCAGCACGGAGAGCAAAGCUAGAUCCGGACUCUGCCACGUCGAAAACAGCCAAAGAUGUCAUGGAUGAGCGGGCACGAAAGCGAAAAUUGGCGGAGCUGGAAGAGUUAGAAGGGUCUGAAGUGGAGGGUGUGGAAAAGGAAUUACCCAAGGAGGGGCUCAAGCUGGCGCAGGAUAAGAAGGCCAAGAAGCAGAAAACCACGAACGACAGUGACGCCCAAGCAUCUGCGGAAGAGUCCAAGGCUGAACGCAAGGCCGCCAAAUUAGAAAAGCAGAAGCUGAAGGCGGGGAAGAAGGCCGAGAAGAGGAAGGAGAAGAAGUCUGUUACCAAGCAGAAACUUCAGGAAAAGUCUGGCAAAAAGCUGGAAGGACAAAAAGCCGACAUUGAAGUCGUGGCCGAUAUUGAGGUAGAUGAUGGACCUGAAGUGGACAACAAUGAGACAGGCGAGCAAGGUCCCGACGAUGAUGAUUCAGUGGACGAUGAAGGACUUCCAGGAGAUGAGAUAGGUCAUUUUGAGGCCGACGGGUUGGAAGAACAGAAUGGAUCUGUAUCACCUAGCCCCUCACCACCUUCACCUACAUUCGACAAUCCCACAGAGCCGAGUGCGAACACAUCCACAUCCUCCGUCAUACCUCCCGCAACCGCACCCAAACACAUCAAGCUCCCCACAGACCCUGAACUUCUCCGCUCGAGAUUGGCAGCGCGGAUAGAAGCACUCCGUGCGGCACGGAAAGCUGAUGGACCAGAUGGACGACCUGCACGGAAUCGUCAAGAGUUGCUGGAGGCGCGACGGAAGAAGGAGGAGCAGAGGAAAGCGCACAAGAAAGAACUUCGACUGAAGGCUAAAAUUGAGGAAGAUGCGAAACGGGAAGCAGCUUUGGCCUCGGCACGAGAUUCGCCUGCGUCGAGCAUGAUGAGUCCUAUCAUCCACUCUCCAGAACACAACUUCUCCUUCGGCCGCGUAGCAUUCGCGGAUGGCCAAGAGCUCUCCGAGGAUCUCAUUGCGUUGAAAAACGCUCCUAAGAAACGUGGACCGCAAGACGCAGCCAGUGCCCUGAAAGCAACCGAGAAGAACCGCCUUCGCCUCGCCGGCCUCGACGAAACGAAGCGAGCGGAUAUCGAGGAGAAGGACCUCUGGCUUAACGCCAAGAAGCGUGCUCAUGGCGAGAAGGUUCGAGAUGAUACGUCGCUAUUGAAGAAAACUCUGAAGCGCAAAGAGAAGUCGAAAAAGAAGAGUGAGAAGGAAUGGUCGGAACGAAAAGAGGGCGUGGCGAAAAGCCAAGCUAUGAAACAGAAGAAGCGAGAGGAAAACCUACAGAAGAGACGUGAUGGAAAGGGCGUUAAGAGCAAAAGGAGUAAGGGCAAGAGUGUGAAGGGCAAAAAACCAAAAGUGAAGAGCAGACCAGGGUUUGAAGGCAGCUUCAAGGGCUAA